AUGGGGUCUCCGAGCGACUCUUCAUCUAUCACCGUCGCCGUUCGAGUAAGGCCGUUCACGAUCCGGGAGGCGGCACAGCUGUCCAAGAUUGAAGAUGGCCCGUUGUUUCUCGGUGACGGCUCCCUGGCGGGGGUACCAACACCGAAACUAAAUCAGAAGGGCAUUCGUCCCAUUAUCAAGGUCAUUGACGACCGGUGUCUAGUUUUUGAUCCACCCGAAGACAAUCCCGUCCAGAAGUUCUCUAGAAGUGUCGUACCCCAGGGGAAGCGAGUGAAAGACCAGACUUUCGCCUUUGACAGAAUCUUCGACCAAAGUGCUAGCCAGGGAGAAGUUUAUGAAGCGACAACGCGGAAUUUGCUCGACAGCGUCCUGGACGGAUACAAUGCCACCGUAUUUGCUUACGGUGCGACCGGUUGUGGAAAGACCCAUACGAUCACAGGCACCCCGCAACAACCAGGCAUAAUCUUCCUCACUAUGCAGGAACUGUUCGAGCGUAUUGAAGAACGAUCCGGGGAGAAGCAAACCGAGCUGUCUCUUUCGUUUUUGGAGAUCUACAACGAAACCAUUCGCGACCUUCUAGUUCCCGGUGGAUCGAAGAGCGGCUUGACGCUGCGAGAGGACACAAAUAAAUCAGUAUCAGUAUCUGGGCUGUCGAGUCAUAAUCCCAAGUCUGUGCAAGAGGUUAUGGAUAUGAUUAUGCGGGGGAAUGAAUGCCGCACGAUGUCUCCGACAGAGGCAAAUGCAACUUCUUCUCGAUCCCACGCAGUCCUCCAGAUCAAUAUUGCUCAGAAGGACAGAAACGCAGAUAUCCACGAACCCCAUACUAUGGCAACCUUCAGCAUCAUUGACUUGGCUGGGAGUGAGCGUGCUAGUGCAACAAAGAAUAGGGGAGAGCGAUUGUUUGAAGGGGCAAACAUCAACAAAUCUCUACUCGCCCUCGGUAGCUGUAUAAAUGCACUCUGCGAUCCACGAAAGCGGAACCAUGUUCCAUACCGGAACUCGAAGCUAACACGCCUCCUCAAGUUCUCACUCGGUGGGAACUGCAAGACAGUCAUGAUUGUCUGUGUCAGUCCCUCUAGUCAACAUUUUGACGAGACCCAAAACACCUUGCGCUAUGCGAACAGGGCUAAAAACAUCCAAACCAAAGUCACGCGGAACGUGUUCAAUGUCAAUCGCCAUGUCAAAGAUUUUCUAGUGAAGAUCGACGAGCAGAUGGCGUUGAUAAACGAGCUCAAGGCGCAACAGAAGGAAUCAGAGAAGGUCGCGUUCGCCAAGUUCAAGAAGCAAACGGAAAAGAAGGAUAUUGCCGUCCGCGAGGGUCUAGCCCGGAUUCGUAACGCCUAUGACCAUUCACUACCUGAGAGGCAGGAGAGAACUAACAACAUGAUUAAGUUGAAACAGGUCAGCCGCAGGAUUGGGUUGUUGUCUUCGUGGAUCGCCGCGUUUGACAAUGUCUGCGGAAAUUCCGAAGACGUUGAGCCACUGUCAAACCUACAAGCUGUUCGAAAGACAGCUCAAGGUAUCUUGCUGGAGCUGGAAGGAAGCAGACAACAUUACCAUCAACGCCUGUCAAAAAGUACCUGGGACCGUGCCAUGACCUCAGCUGUUGAGAACGCCAUUGCUCAACUUCAGAAAUUCGAAAUUACCGACAACAGUGACUUUACGAACCUCCGACGAGAGGCGGAACUUCUCAGGGCGAAUACUGAGAGAGAGUCUCUUUCGGCGAUUGCGGAACAAGACAAGGCAGGAGAGGCUGCUACGGUGCAACUAUUACUCCAGGCACAGUUCGAAACCGCUUCUGCCAUUGAGAAUAUCAUGCAUCUCAGCCAGGAAGAGGCUGUUGAGGCAGGAAAACGAAUCCUGACCAAGAUGCUUGAUUCCUGCUGCGGUGUGGCCUCAAGCAUAGUCAAGCCAGACGGCGGCUUGCCGGCUAUGCAAACAUUUACUCCACUCAAAGCUAGCCCCUCAAAACAAAAGAAGAGGUUAAGCUUGGCCCUUGUUCCCCCCAGCAAGGGAUUAAACGCUCCUAUCUCGUUGAACCCAACAGCUCCACCGUCGCCGACGAGGGCAAGUCCUCGUCGUCGCAAGAUGGGUGGCGGCAGGAAGAGCGUUAGCUUCUCGCCCAAGAAAGUCCAGGGCAAGCCACCGAAGCGAAGCGUCCGCUGGAAGGAUGACGAACAAGAUGGCACCUUAACCGAAAUUCAAAAGACGCCUCAGAGAGCUGAAGCUUCCUCGGCUCCUCAAGAAGAUAGCCCGUAUGAGCCCACGCUCCGCAGAACAUCUCCAAUCCCACGUGGCAUUCCAGUACCGAGCCGAAACUUUAGCCCUUCGGGUGGUUCAUCCCCAAUUCCAACCCCGUCCGACCAGCCACUGAACAUUCCGAAGAACAAUAGGUUCAAGACCGGCUUCUUGUCUAAGAAAGCGGGCGGCUCUCCAGGCCCUUCGCUCCCUCCAGUUCUACAGCACGAUCGGAGCUCACCUCUGCGUGACAUUGAGAACAGUAGCUUCUUGAACCGCGCCUCCGUGGAGCGCCCGUCCAAGAUUGCUAUCAGAACGCCAAGCGGAAACUACAAUUCCAGCCCGGUACCCGAGCCCAAAGGCGAAUGGAAGGCGACCAAAGACGAUGUGAGACGGAUCAGCAGCGCCAUGAGGCGCAUCUCGAUAGGGUCAGUCGGACCCGGCGCUUCCGCCGCUGCUCUUCGUGCUCAUCGCCGCCGCAGUCCGCCGUCAGCCACCUAUGGUAGCUCGCCACCCGAGAAUACAAUGUUCACAGCACAGGCCAGGCGAAUGACCAAAGGCGACAAUGAGCUCGAGAACAAACCAGCGGUUCUGGGACCUCGAACUCUGCCUAUCAUGAAGAACACCAGCCAGAGACGUACGACGUUUGGAGGAGACAUUCGGCCCAGAAACUUUAGUCUCACCGGCCGAGAUGCGGUCCGUUUGAGUGCCAUCGGCGGCUUAUGA